UUAUUAGCCCCUGCAGUAUGAAAACAGGCUCCUUGUUGUUGGUGCUGAAUGCAGCUGGAGCCCUCUCCCAUAAACACUCGGACUUCAAUAACUUGAGGUGAUUAAAAGGCUCUGUCAUUAUUCUUUCACUCGUUAAGACGGCCUCUCAGAUUUCAAGUGUCUCCUUUUACACUCCCGAGCCGCCACAUUCAUCAUGUGAGCGCGCUGAAGUUUUACUGCGGCCGCUAGAGGUGGAUGCAAAAACAGACUUUGAGUGUGGGAUGGGCUCAAAGGGCAACUAGCCCAAAAACUUUCCCGGGGGAUGAAAAAAAAAAGUGAAAAAUACGAGCCGGGACAUGAGUGGAGUGCAGCUCUCUAUUCGUUUUUGACACAGUUCAACACAUUUCAUCCAGUGGAAACUCCGGGGUUAUCCAUCGACUUUAUGGGCGUACCUCCGUGUUUUUGCAUCACAGAGGAGUAAGGUGAGGGACAGGGUCACAGCUCCAUAAAUACUUGGUGUGGCAGCAGAGACUUCUGGAUGGACCCUGGAGGAGUAAAAACUGCUGGAGGAAGCUUGCGCACAGGAGAGGAGCAGCGACUUUUCUGCAGGCUGAUCCCUCACUUGUAGAAGGAUCUGCGUGGGGAAAAAAAAACCCACCGUGAAAGUUGUGGUGCCUCUUCUCAAUAUGGAAAGUCUAUGAUUCGGUGUGGGGCAGAGAUAUAUAACUUGUUUUAUUCUGCGUUAAGAGUGAGAUGUAGCUCAACUUCAAACACCCCACAAUUGUCAAGAUGACAGCGUUAUCACCUUUGCACCGUGCGGUACUCGGACUCGCGUGGAGCUGCCUGAGUUUUCUGUCCUGCACACAUUGCGGCUUAAGUGACAACCAUGUGCACUCCAGUUUUAUUUACAGGAGAUUGCGCAAUCACGAACGCAGGGAGAUCCAGAGAGAGAUCCUCUCCAUCCUGGGCUUACCUCACCGUCCGAGGCCCUUCAGCCCCGGGAAGCAGGCGUCCUCCGCGCCGCUCUUCAUGCUCGACCUGUACAAUGCCAUGGCCGUGGAGGAGGAGGAGGGCUUGGGGAAGAGCUUCAGUGCCAAGGCUCAAGGGCACUCAAGGAAGGGAUACUACAGCCCACAGCAUGCCGUGUACUCCCGCGUGCCGCAGCCUUAUCGCGCGGCUCCUCUGUUAGGCCACAGUCCCGCACUCACCUCUGCGCACGAGAACAACUUCCUCAAUGAUGCAGACAUGGUGAUGAGUUUUGUCAAUUUAGUCGAGAAAGAUAAAGAUUUUUCUCACCAACGGAGACACUACAAGGAGUUCCGUUUUGAUCUGACUCAGAUCCCAGAUGGAGAGGCAGUGACUGCUGCAGAGUUUAGGAUCUAUAAGGACCGCAGUCAUGCUCGCUACGAGAACAUGACUUUGAAGGUUUCCAUACAUCAAGUCAUCAAGGAGUAUCCGAACAAAGAUGCUGAGACAUUCUUGCUCGACUCCAAAAAGGUCCAGGCAUCCGAUGGAGGCUGGCUGGUGUUUGACAUCACAGCGACCAGUAACCACUGGGUGAUGAACCCGCAGCAGAACUUGGGCCUGCAGCUCUGCGUGGAGACUAUAGAUGGACGAAGUAUCAACAUAAAAUCUGCUGGAAUCAUCGGGAGGAACGGGCCUCAGUCCAAGCAGCCGUUCCUGGUAGCUUUCUUCAAGGCCAGCGGGGUGUUGCUUCGCUCCGUCAGAGCUGCUGGUGGGAAGAAAAAGAACCACAAUCGCAAUAAAUCAACUAGUCAACAAGAAUCAUCCAGGGCACCAAAACCUGGAGAUUACAAUGUCAGCGAACAGAAACAAGCCUGCAAGAAGCAUGAACUCUACGUCAGCUUCCGAGACUUGGGCUGGCAGGAUUGGAUCAUUGCACCUGAGGGCUAUGCUGCUUUUUACUGCGACGGCGAAUGCUCUUUUCCACUCAACGCACACAUGAAUGCAACAAAUCAUGCAAUUGUGCAAACCCUGGUCCAUUUAAUGUUUCCUGACAACGUGCCAAAGCCGUGCUGUGCCCCAACCAAGCUCAACGCAAUAUCAGUGCUUUACUUUGAUGACAGCUCCAACGUCAUCCUCAAGAAAUACAGAAAUAUGGUCGUUCGGUCUUGUGGUUGCCAUUAGUGGCUGGACUCACUUUAACUUAUGGUAUCUGGUGUUGGAAUGGCUGGAAAACAUGUGCUGCAGGUGUGAUGUGAUGUACAGUAUUAUGUAUAUAAAGUUUUACUUCCUAAUUUAUUUUCUUUUUUUAAGAUAGCACUGAAUAUUGUUAUAUUUAAAUGAUUAGGACAAAGUUUUGAUUUUCUUUAUACUAGCUAUCAUUUAUCUUUUUGUGUCCAUCGGCAUAUACUCUCUCUUUAUUAGGUCUGUAUGAUAAAUUAUAUGAGUUAACUAUUCACUGGAGUCGCAAUACAUAAGAUCACUUCCCCUCUUGCUCAUUUUUCAACUUUAACAAUACACUAGUGUGCCGAAUGCUCACUCAACUAUGCAGAAUUAAACCAGGGUGUCAGUGUAUGACAUGCUUUUCUUCAACACUAACUGUAAUUUUUCAUAAUACACCAAUAAUUGUUCAUGACUGUUAAUAAAAGGUACAGAUAUUACCAUGUAUCAUUAACUUCACAGCUAGAACAGGCCGUUGGAAAUCAAAUUGGAUCUCUGGAAAAAAUACAGUGAGUGUUCUCUAAUCUAAACCGAGCUGCCCAGAGCUAUUUUCAAGCUGUCACCAUCUUUCAGCGCUGAUACUGUUUCACCUUUUCCAAGCCAGCUUUUUUUUUUUUCUCUUAAGAGAGUGUGUCCUCAGAAGGGGGAUUAUGUCAGUCUGGAAUGAAACUCUUCCAUAAACACUGUUUUCUCACUUCUCUGUGGACUCUGUCAUAGCUGCAAGCAUUUUUUUUAAUUUUUUUUACUUCACACUAAUUUUAGCUCUUCUGGGGAAAGUAUAUCUUAUUGUAGAAUGUUGUGUAUUUUAAUAAAUGUACCACUUGGAAAUCUCU